AUGAAAAACAACCCCGACUUAGAGAAAGACUAUAUAUUUAAUAGUUUAGUCAAAAGAGACAAACAAGAAAGAAUGCCAGGCUUCAAACUUCAGAAAGGUGACAAAGUAAAAAUAGAAAUACCUAAACGCGACCCAUAUGAAAAUACUAUUGACUAUGACAACAAUGGGAACUCGACAGGUACUCACAUUCGUGUUCGUAAAAAUAGAAGAAAGUAUACAAGAGAAUAUUAUGAAGUUUUAGGCAAACAUGGCAAAAUGUACAGACUGCAAGCAGAAGAUAAAACUACUAUUGUCAGACCUCGUUUCAAACUUGUUAAGGUUCAAGGUGGUAUACUUUCAAAGACAGUUCCUAACAAAUAUAAGACAACUCCUGACGAAUAUGCUAAAGAAGUUGAAAAUGACGACUAA